AUGUCAAACGACGUUGUAGAGCGAUUGGUACCUUACGAAUUGGUGGAUAUCGGUGCUAAUCUAGGACAUCCUUCAUACAAAGAUGACUUGAAUGAUGUUUUGAAACGAGCAAAACAGGCAGGUCUCUGCAAGCUCAUGAUUACGGGAACAUCGGAGAAAAUAAGUGCAGAAUCUAUGAAGCUAGCCGAGACUAUGCCGGGUUUCCUUUAUUUUACCGCUGGUGUACAUCCUCAUGACGCUAAAGAUUUUGGUGAAGACUCAUUGGAUACUUUGAGAACUCUACAGGCUCACCAGCAAUGUGUUGCUGUAGGAGAAUGUGGGCUAGACUUCAAUAGAAAUUUCUCACCUCCAGAUGUGCAGAAGGAGGUAUUUAGGAAGCAGGUACUGGCUGCCUUCCUCUUUCUCAUAUUAUCUUUUUCCACUGAUUUCACCUCUUAUCCCAAGGUCGAGCUAGCCUGUGAACUCAAUAAGCCUCUAUUUAUACAUGAAAGAGAAGCUCACGAGGAGAUGAUACGAAUUCUGGGUGAUGCUGGAGAGAGGCUUCCACCGGCUGUCAUGCACUGCUUUACUGGCACGGAAGAUGAGGCUAAGAAAUACGUGGAAAUGGGGUUAUACAUCGGGCUGACAGGCUUUUUAUGGAAGGAUCGGCUGCCAAAUGGAGUGCAGGCAGCCUUGCGAAAUGGCUCUAUACCUCUAGAUCGUUUGUUGAUAGAAACCGAUGCUCCGUUCAUGUACCCAAAGAUAAAUGACAAAAAGCUGCCAAAAGACGUCAAAGAAGCUAUAAGCGAUUCUGCUAAGCAGUUACAUAAGUUUGCCUCUUUCGAUCGUAAUGAGCCCUGUGCAUUGGCAGCCAUCUGUGAGAUGAUAGCCGCUUUCAUGGGCAAGGAUCCCAAAGAGGUAUUAUUUUUUUAA